UUCGUUAAAUCCCUUUAACAAUACGAAUGUCUCGCAAGUUAUCGAUUUCAAGUCGGAAUUUAUGAAGACUCAAUCAUACGCUGACAUUGAUCUUGACAAUGAAACCGUUGACGACAAUUUAAAAGUAAGUCGAAAUGGGAGACGUUUUAGAUGGAGAUGGAUUUGUGGUACAUGUUGUAGUCGUCAAAGACAUUUACAUUGUCAGCCAUGCGUUUUUGGACAAUUCAAUUGUUUAGAACGUGGACCCCAGUGGUAUUGUGAAACUUGUUAUCGUAGUAAUAGGUUUAAUCUAUUUAAUUGCUAUCGAUGCAUUCAAGGAUAUAGAAAAGUUGCAGUCCCUUGUCGAUGA